CCUCUAUCCUCUCUCUCUCUCAACCCAAGCUUCACCUGAAUCUCCUCUCCCUCUCCCAUGUAUUUUUACUAAAUACACCAUCUAUUGUUCAUGUAUACAUGUUUGUAUAUUUGUGUAUGUAUGCAUCUGUUCCUACCUUUUCUGUCUCUUCCCCAAAAUCCCGACGAAUUCUAGUUUUUCUUGAAUUGAAUUGAGCUGUAUAUCCUGCAUUAGAAAAGGAGAGUAGGGUUCUGUGUUUAAUCUAAACAAAGAAGAAGAAAAAGGAAUGGAUCAAGUCUCACGCUCUCUUCCUCCCCCGUUUCUGUCUCGAGAUCUUCAUCUGCAUCACCCACAUCACCAGUUUCAGCAGCAACAACACGCGACUUCAAACCACCAAGACGACCACCGCGUCGGCGGCAUAAAACGCGACCGCGACAACCUCAACGUUAACGACAACUCCGCCGCAAAAGAGCAGGUCGCCUCCGACGGCGGAGGAGAGAGCGGUGGCGGCAGCGGAGGGGAGCAGGUCACGAGGAGGCCACGUGGUAGACCAGCGGGAUCCAAGAACAAGCCCAAGCCACCCAUCAUCGUAACGCGGGACAGCGCAAAUGCGUUGAGGUCCCACGUCAUGGAGAUCGCCAACGGUUGCGACGUCAUGGAGAGCGUCACCGUCUUCGCACGCCGUCGCCAACGCGGCGUCUGCGUUUUGAGCGGAAACGGCGCCGUUACUAACGUCACCAUCCGUCAACCCUCUGGCGGCGCCGUCGUCAACUUGCACGGACGCUUCGAGAUUCUCUCCCUCUCUGGCUCAUUCCUUCCGCCUCCAGCCCCACCCGCAGCAUCAGGGCUAACGAUUUACUUAGCCGGUGGUCAAGGUCAAGUAGUCGGGGGGAGCGUGGUGGGACCGCUCAUGGCAUCGGGUCCGGUGGUUAUUAUGGCAGCUUCGUUCGGAAACGCGGCGUAUGAGCGUUUGCCGCUUGAGGAGGAAGAUGAGGAGCAUGCGGCGGUUGUGGCGGCGGUUGAUGCAAACGCGAAUUUGGGUUCUGCGGGGGGCGGGACGCAAACGCAGCAGCAGUUGAUGCAAGAACCGUCGUUUAUACAAGGAUUGAAUCCGAGUCUUAUUAACUCGGUUCAGUUACCAUCUGAAUCAUACUGGGGAACGCCUCGACCAUCUUUCUGAUCAUCAAAAGACUGGUUUCUAUAAUCUCGGCCAUGAAGGUUAUUUCAUUUUCUGCUACAUUACAUUUUCUUAUUCCUCUUCUUCUUCUCCAAAGAUUUCGUUAGGUCUUGUUUAUGUUAAAUUAGAUUACGUAUGUGGAUGAAUCUUUGAAAGAUUCGUCCGCCAAGAAGCGUACGAAUCGGACAGCGACGUUUUCGGGUUCUAAGUAAGGAGGGUUUGUGUUUGCCGUUUGACUGAAUGAUUAUAAACUGUUGAUUUCGAAUGCA